CCUCAAAUCACCCCUGCUUAGCUUUCUAUCGUUUAGGUCAUUUCCGAGAGACACUUUUGGGAAGGAGUGUGAGGUUCUGAUACGGCAGGAUCAUCUCUUCCUCCUUAGCUGACCACCCAGCCUCUGAUCAUGCCUCUCUGACUCUCUGGAUUAUUGCAUUCCUAUUUAAUGCACAGCCUCCUUAGUGUACACACGCUAACAUUUCAACAAAGGAGGAUUCCCUCUGGCACUUAUAAUCAUUGAGACGCCACCUUCAAGCUGAGAGGAUACUUCAUAAACAUAGACAUACACACUUUUCCAGGGAGGAUGAUCUGCUCUCGUUUGCGUCCCUCGGUCCCUCACCUCUUGUCAUGGAGGCUGCUGGGUACCGCGGCCUCUAGGACGGUUGCAGUCAAGCAGCCCGACCUUCUCUCAGCGACUCUGGCCUUUGAGGAUCCCAGCGCCUUCAGGGUGAAGAGUUGGGGAGAGCUUCUGCGUGCGCUGGGCGUCUUCCGCCUCUGCUCCUUCCCUGUGCUCGUCAACAACUGUGGAAAGCUGAUGUCGAUCGCGCGCACUCUCCUGGGGCGGAGGGGGUUUUCCAUGCUGCUGCGGCCCACCGUGUACGCCCAGUUUGUGGCCGGAGAGAAUGAGAGCGAGAUCGCUCAGUCCAUGGAGAAGAUGAGCUUGCUGGGACUGAGGCCCAUGCUGGCGGUGCCAAUUGAGGAGGAUCUGGGAGAGAGCACAGGAGAGAAAAGAUAUGAGGACAACAUGGAGGCAAUGUUGGAAUGCGUGCGGAUUUCCCACAACAACACCUGGAGCAAAGACCCAAUGAUGCAGCUGAAGAUCACGGCCCUGAUCAGCCCCGAGCUGUGUGUGAAACUCACAACCCUCAUCGCAAAACAACCGUAUGACCUGAAUCUGCUCCUCAGAGCUAUGGAUGGAGAGACAGUCAACUUCCCUGGUUUAGAUAAAAGUGAAGUUGUCCAUUUCCACUGUGGCCUGCAGAGACUCAACAAAAUAGCAGAGGCAAGUGUAAACAAAGUCAGAGUCCUGGUUGAUGCUGAGUACACCUACAUGAACCCCGCCCUCUCUCUUGUCACCAUGGCGAUGAUGAAGAAGUUUAACAAAGAUGGCGUCUGGAUUUGGAACACUUAUCAGUGUUAUCUGAAGGAGUCCAGGUCUCUCCUGUUGGAAGCGCUGUCUCUGUCCAAGAACGAAGGUUUCUGUCUGGGGGUCAAGUUGGUACGAGGAGCCUACAUGGACAAAGAGAGAAAGCUGGCAGAGAAGGAGGGUCGUGUUGACCCCGUCCACCAGUGCUGGGAGGACACUAAUGACAGUUACAACGGCUCGUUGGAUGUGAUGCUGGAAGAAAUAUCCCAGAAACCCGAUCACUUCAGGAUCAUAGUCGCCACUCACAAUGAGGAGUCAGUGAGACGAGCUGCCAAACGGAUGGAGGAGUUGGGGAUUGACUCUGAUGGAGGCUCGGUGUGUUUCGGCCAGCUGCUGGGCAUGUGUGAUCAUGUCUCUCUAACACUGGCUAAGGAGGGUUAUACCGUCUACAAGUCAGUGCCAUAUGGCUCAGUGGACGACACGCUCCCGUAUCUGGUGCGUCGGGCUCAAGAGAACCGCACGGUGCUGCAGGGAAUCCGCAAAGAGAGGGACCUACUGAGGAAAGAGCUCUACAGGAGACUGAGUCUGAGGAGACGCAGCUGAUUAGCCACUAAAAGGGAAAAGAGAGAAGAGGCACUGGUGCUGAACAAAUGAACACACACAUUAAGAUUCCCAAUCAGGAAACAGUGACAGUAAGGGAGCCACAUGGGAACAUAAAGAAAAGUUAAAAUCCAGGUUCACUAACAUAUUGCUUGAGUUAUUGGGUUUGUAAUACUGCAUGCUGAUGAAAAUCUUAAGUGAAAUGGAUAACGCAAAUGAAAUUGCAACAGGUAGUGUAGUUUUGAUCAAAAUGAGUGUGUAUAUUUUAAACUGAACAAUGAGUUAUUGACAAGUGGGGAAAAUAAGUGUGAAAAUAUUUGUUUUAACCCUUUAAAGUCAUCACCUAGUAAAAAGCAUUUGAUUUUUUUUUUUUGCAAUUUUUAGUUUCUUGGGACUAUAGUAACAAAUGCAUGACAAACCUAAACCAAAUGGUAGAGAUGGCUCAAUCAGGUUCACACAUUAAAUACUGUUAAUAUCUUUGUUUUAUAGUAAUAAACUGCUUUAAC